AUGACCACUCUUCGGGUACUGCUGCACGUUGCUGCUCACCGUGACUACGAGCUGCACUCUCUUGACUUCAGCACAGCUUUCUUGCAGGGCAGCCUGCACGAGGAGAUCUGGCUGCGUCGCCCACCUGGCUUCACUGGGUCUUUCCCUUCUGGUACCCAGUGGAGUCUCCGGCGUCCAGUCUACGGUCUCCGCCAGGCGCCACGUGAGUGGCACGACACACUGAGGACUACACUUGCGGCUCUUGGGUUUGCUCCUUCUACUGCCGACCCGUCGCUGUUUCUACGCACCGACACCUCUCUGCCGCCGUUCUACAUCCUCGUGUACAUCGACGACUUGGUCUUUGCCACAGCUGACACUGCUGGACUCGCCUACGUGAAGUCCGAGCUGCAGAAGAGACACAUGUGCACAGACCUGGGUGAACUGCGCAGCUACCUUGGCUUGCAGAUCACCCGGGACAGAGCACGCCGCACCAUUACCCUGACUCAGUCACACAUGGUGCAGCAGGUCCUUCAGCGCUUCGGCUUCACGUACUCCUCGCCUCAGGCCACUCCUCUGUCUACUCGCCACUCGCUCUCAGCUCUGCCUUCGGAUGAGUCCGUAGAGUCGAGUGGCCCGUACCCAGAGCUUGUUGGCUGCCUCAUACCAGAGCACAUGGCUGCAGCGAAGAGGGUGUUGCGCUACUUGUGCAGUACGUCGGGCAUGGGGCUAGUGCUUGGAGGGCGGAGUCCAGUGGUCCUCACUGGGCACGCGGACGCUUCUUGGGCUGACGACCAGGCUACGCAGCGGUCGUCACAGGGUUACACCUUCAGCCUUGGUUCCGGCUCUGUUUCGUGGCGGGCUACUCGCUCGUCUUCUGUUCUUGGCUCGAGUUGUGAGGCUGAGAUUUACGCCGGGGCCAUGGCUGCACAGGAGCUUCGCUGGCUCACCUACCUGCUGACCGACCUUGGAGAGCCGCCUCGUUCUCCUCCAGUCCUGUACGUAGACAACAAGGCCAUGCUGGCCUUGUGUCGAGAGCAGCGACUGGAGCACAGAACAAAGCACAUUGCUCUCCGCUACUUCCUUGCUCGUGAGCUACAGCAACGUGGUCAGUUGCGGCUUGCGUACGUGGCCUCUGAGGCCAACACUGCUGAUGUCUUCACCAAGGCACUUCCGCCUUGUGAUCAUCAGCGCUUCUGCACUCAGCUAGGUCUUGUGCCCGUCUUGCCUCACUUGCUCUCCUCUUGA